ACCAUUCAAAAGCACUCAUUUUGGGACGAGCUUAGGUGGUUCAAGUGCAAUGAGACAGCCCUUCAACAACCUGCAGAUCCUGUUGGCCUUUCUGUUGAUGCUCGUGAUCUACGUAGUGUAUGUGAUAGUGCAAGAUACCGAACCGAACGAACAACUGUUGAUACGAAGUUUGCAAGCAGAGUUGAGAGUCAUUAAUGAAACGUUAUACCAGCAUCAAACCACAUCGACUACCACCAGUGUUCCGGUAGUCGAUGGUGAUAUCUAUCAUUUAUUGGAUGUUCAAGCCAACGAAGAAGAUCUCCACCAAGGGAAUAAUAUAUUUUUCAUACUUACGACGCUCACCAAAGAUGGUACGAUUCACCUAACUCCUCGCCAGGCUUGUGCCAUCGAAUCUGCAGCUCGAGCCAAUCCGGACUGGAGGGUAUUUCCGUUGUUCGUAUUUGCAAGGUGGUUCAACACAACCGCCGACCCGUACAUCUCUGCACUGUUGCGAUUCUGCAACAUCCGACUGCGACGCGUCAAUCUGGAUACGUUUGCUUUCGGAAGUCCUGUGGAGAAACUUUUUGCGGAAGGAGCUCUCAAGCAGUCAAGUUACAUAGUUGAACACACGGCCGACGUGCUGCGGAUACUCACCUUGUACAAAUAUGGAGGAACUUACUUGGAUACGGAUGUGCUUGUUCGUAAAACCUUCAAUAAAAUGCAGCCAAAUUAUCUCGGUUCGGAAGGAAGUGGAUACGUGGCAAAUGGAGUUAUCAAUCUGGAAGCUACCGGCUUCGGGCACCAGUUCGCAGAAGCUUGUCUCAAUGAUUUAGCCCAGCAUUUCGACGGUAAACAGUGGGCGGCUAAUGGACCAUUCAUGGUUACGCGCAACUUGCAAACAUUCUGCAACACCACGGAUAUCACCAAAAUGGCACGGGAACAGUGUGGCGGUCAACUAACGGUCUACCCACCGGAUUGGUUCUAUCGGAUACGGUAUCCAAGGCACGCUUGGUUCUUUUACCCAGAGCACUCGGAUGAAGUGAUGAAUUCCACCAAGGACGACGUUCUGGUACACAUGUGGAACAAAGCUACCAGCGGGAUUCAGCUCAAGAUUAACAGUACUGCUGCGUACAUCCAGCUGGCGAACCAAUUUUGUCCAAAUGUUCUAAUGCAAACGGCUGAAAAUUUCUGAAAAUAGAUCACAACACAUC